CUGGCCGCGCUCCAGCUCGGCGCACUAAGACAGGCUCGGCGGCUCCAGCCUGACUGACGCCGGCCGGGACUGCUGCUGCUGCUGGCCCCUGCCGCAGCCCCGUCCCCGCCGCGGCAGCGAGUGGCUGUGCGAGCCGCAGAGAGACACGCGGGCGAGGCGCGAGCGGCAGGCUUGAUCAACAUUUUCUUGGUAUUGUGGAGAGGUCUGAGUCCCACCCAGUUGGAAUGUUCUCAAACUGUGUCUAAGAUUAGGAAGACUGUUAUGUGGGGAAGAGACUUUCUGUGAAGGUGGCUACCCAUCUGAAUAUUGUGAAGACUUCACCCAGGCUUUGUAAUCAGCAGAGAGAUUUGUGCUUCUGUUUACACUUACACACAAUCUUUGCUUCUUAUGCACUCCAGCACCCCUAUUAGCUCAUUGUUCUCCUUCACCAGCCCAGCAGUGAAGAGACUGCUGGGCUGGAAGCAAGGAGAUGAAGAGGAGAAGUGGGCAGAGAAGGCUGUGGAUUCCCUGGUGAAGAAACUGAAGAAGAAGAAAGGCGCUAUGGAAGAACUUGAGAGGGCUCUGAGCUGUCCUGGCCAGCCCAGUAAAUGUGUCACAAUCCCACGCUCCUUGGAUGGGAGGCUGCAGGUGUCUCAUCGCAAGGGGCUGCCCCAUGUCAUCUAUUGCCGAGUGUGGCGUUGGCCCGAUUUACAGUCUCACCAUGAAUUGAAACCACUGGAAUGUUGCGAGUUCCCAUUUGGCUCGAAGCAGAAAGAAGUUUGCAUCAAUCCCUACCAUUACCGGCGGGUGGAGACCCCAGUGUUGCCUCCAGUACUGGUUCCAAGACACAGUGAGUUUAACCCACAUCUCAGCCUCCUUGCCAAGUUCCGGAGUGCUUCCCUCCACAGUGAGCCUCUGAUGCCACAUAAUGCCACCUAUCCUGAUUCUUUCCAGCAAACUCCCUGCACCCCUUUUCCAUCAUCACCCAGUAACAUGUUCUCUCAGUCACCCAGCAGCAUCAGCUAUCCUAACUCUCCAGGAAGUUCUUCUGGACCAGGAAGUCCAUAUCAACUCACAGUUGAAACACCCCCACCUUACAAUGCAAGAGAAACACCAGGAAACCAAAAUGGACGAUCAGUGGAUGCAACAGCUGACAAUCAGUUAGUGCUAUCAUUGCCCAAUGGAGACUUUCGACCUGUUUGCUAUGAGGAACCCCAGCACUGGUGCUCAGUUGCCUACUAUGAACUCAACAACCGAGUAGGGGAGACUUUCCAGGCUUCUUCUCGGAGUAUUCUUAUAGAUGGAUUCACGGAUCCUUCAAAUAACAGGAACCGAUUCUGUCUUGGACUGCUCUCUAAUGUCAACAGGAAUUCUACUAUAGAAAACACCAGGCGACACAUAGGAAAAGGUGUCCAUCUCUAUUAUGUUGGUGGCGAGGUGUAUGCAGAAUGCGUGAGUGACAGCAGCAUUUUUGUACAGAGCCGCAACUGUAACUAUCAGCAUGGCUUCCACCCAGCCACUGUCUGCAAGAUCCCCAGCGGCUGCAGCCUCAAGAUUUUCAACAACCAGCUCUUUGCCCAGUUGCUCGCCCAGUCAGUCAACCAUGGCUUUGAAGUGGUGUAUGAGCUGACCAAGAUGUGCACUAUCCGAAUGAGCUUUGUUAAAGGCUGGGGAGCGGAGUAUCAUCGCCAGGACGUUACAAGCACUCCUUGCUGGAUUGAGAUUCAUCUGCACGGACCAUUGCAAUGGCUGGAUAAGGUGCUCACACAGAUGGGCUCACCUCAUAACCCCAUCUCCUCAGUCUCUUAAGAAUCAUCUCUAGUAUUACCUAUAGGAUGGAUGCUAUUGCAGGCAGUGGCUUAUAGAAUCUCCAAUUAAAAGAAGUUUCUAUAUGUAGAUGUAAAUAUAUAUACAUAGUCUACUAUCCCUAUUUUUUUUCAUGGUAUGUUUUGUCAUUUCUAGUUAACAUGAUGCUAGUAUGACAAGGUUAGAAUUCAGGGUUAGCAUGUCUGUUCUCAUAUGAAAUAAACCAGAUCCCUGCAAAGAGCUAAACAUUUCCUGUGAGCAUCUUCACUUCCCACCCAAGUCUUCGAGAGGUGAGAACACUCAGCACGCCAUAUGGAUUAAGAACCCUUGGCUGCAGAGAACCAACGCCAAGCUGUGCACCACUUAAAUCCAUUUAAGCAGGACCAAAGUGGCCUGCAGGAUUUGUGCAGAGAGUGAAUUGCAGCUGGUGAGUUAAAGGAAUAAACAGUAGUUCCUGUCUGCCUCCCUAUUUGUGACAUUCCGCAGGGUACAAUCUGGACUGUUGAACAGCUGUGUCCCCUCAUUUCUCAACCUUUUACACUGCUUUGCUGUGAGAACAACCACUCCUGGCCUGUUCAAACACAGCCUCUAACAUGCAAAAUCACUCCCAGCUGAAAGAUAUGAGUGUUUUAGCCAGUCACUCCUGAUUUAUAUUAGCGUGACACCAGCAAAUUCUCAGUCCCAAACUUGUCCCCAGAAAUGUGCGGCUUGUACUGUCCAGCACCUUCCUGGACAAUACAAGUUCAUAGAAAGUCCGUCAUUUCAUUAAUAGAAAUGAUAUGCACAAGUGCUGUUAUCUCAAACGGAGGUUCCCAAACACUUCAGUCCAAACACACUGGUUUAGAUAAAACUAUUAUUAUUUAUUAUUAACUAUAAGUAUUAACUACAGAAAGAUAGAUUUUAAGUGAUUACGAGUAAUGAGGUAUAAAAGUCAGAAUUGGUUACAAAGAAAUAAAAGGUAAAAUGCAAACUAACACCUAACUUAUUAAGCUGAGUGAAUUCAAAGCAAAGGUUUUUCUCACCACAUGCAUUUACUGGCUGAACUCCUUCAGUCAAGCCUCCUCCCCCCGUUCAGUGUUUCUUCAGGUGUCAUUAACGCCAUGAACAGAUGGAAAGGGAGGAGAGAGGUGAUUUGUGACCUCUGUUCCUCAUUUUUAUAUCUUUUCCUCCUCUCAGAGAAUCAUCUCCAGCUGGGGUUCAGGUGGCAGCAAAUCUGUCUCCCAAGAUGAAAAUUUAUUGCUCACACCCUUCUUCCUGCCAAAGAAUGGCUGCUUACUCAGGUGAUUGUCCAAUUGAUUUUGUUGACACCUGGCAGAGGCGUCCAUUUUCCUUUUGUCUCUGAGGAACUGGUUUGGGCUGCUUCCCCAGAAUUGGAAUAUGUCAUAUAAGAUUCCACUGUUUGAUGUUACUAACUUUACAUACAGUGUUGCCAGACAUAUUCUAUCAGGACGAUAAUGAUCAGCGAGUCAUGAGUUUUCAAACAAUAUCUCACAAGGCAUAUUUUGUACAAGAUUUAUCAUAGUUUUGUAAAAGUGGUGAACAUACAAGUACAGUCUGUCACACUAUUGCAAAGCAUUAUGGGCUAGAUCCUAUGAGGAGCUUAGUUUUCCACAUCUACCGUUGAUUUCAGUGGGAGCUGCUGACUCACAGGAGGUGUUCAGCCCUUCAUUGUUAGAGCAUCCUGGGCUAACCCAAGUAGUCAGAUACUGUUGACACAGUGGUGUAUGGUACUGUUGCACUGAAAAACAAGAACAAUUUCAUUUAAACAAAACCAAAAUCUAUGCAUAUAUAUAUAUAAUAUUUAAAAAUGAGUUAACUUCCACUGCUUUUUGCAAGAUAAAAAUAAAUAAAUACUUAUCUGGCAUGUAAACUUCAUCCUCUCCUCUGAGCAGUAUUGAUGUAUUUUGUUUUUAAAUUAGAACCAUCUGUAGUUAGACUAUUGUGCUGCUAUCCAUGGUACGUCUAAAAGGGACUUGGACUGUGAGUCACAAAAGGGAAGUGAAGUGUAAAUUGUGGAAUUACAUAACUAACUUAUCAUUCCCUUUGGGAGAGCCUCUGUACUGGGUACAUGGCAGAGUUGGGAGCAGCAAACAUACAAGGGUGGGAGUGGGAUUGAGUCGGAUACAUGUACUGUAUUGAUGGUGCCUUGCUUCAGGGAUUGAUUCUGGGCCGCUGAUUAUUCAGAGGUUCAGCAGAUGAUGCUCUCAGCCAGUCUCAGGGGGUAAAGGACACAGUACCCAUCCCUACAGUUGCUGGAACAAGCUGUUUACCAUCUUAGCCAUAGGCCUUGGCAUUUGCACAGUGGUUUUGGCUAUGCUGCAGGGAAUGGCCAGGGCUGCAGGGGGAACAGAAAGUCCAGAGCAAAGCAGUGGGCAAAAAUAUUUUAUAAACUUCCAGUCCACAUUCCCUCUGCAAGUGGGACAUGCUGUUGCCUACACUCUGGUGCAUGGAACCAGCCUGGCAAAACUCCACUCACCCAGGGCACAUCACCUUUUCUGAAGGGCACCAAUCCUUUUUCAUGAUCACCACCACCAUGUGAAAGAGGUGGGUGAAUAUUUGAUUAUGCCUAGGCAGGACAGCUUAGCUAGCUGCCAGGAACCAGGUUGCUAUAAGGGACAGAAACUCCAGUAACUUCAUAGAUCCUGCUUUUUACUAUAACAGAAGUGUUACCCUGAAACUUUUAUUGAACAGAAUGAUUUUUCUCUUCUCCUUGCAUAAUAUCUAGAACUAAGCAUUGCACUGUCUAAUUGUAAGAAAAGGAUUUCUGAAACCUUUAAGUAUAUUUUGCAUAAAAGCCAAACGACAUCUGUUAAAAAUACUUCUCACAACUUCUAGAAGCUGUGUAAUACCUAUAAUAAGGUGAUAAUUAUGAAUGUAGCAUAAGAAUUUUUAAUAAACCAACAGGGUUACUUUCUUUGAAUACAGCUUCAAGCAUUUCCAACAGUGUUAGUGCACAGAAUAAUAAAUGAUCAUUAAAUUCUGUGCAAGAUAGCAAAUUUUCAUGGGAAAUGUGUAUUGGUGAAGAGCCCCAUUCUGUCACCACUUGAUAGCGGCAGCAUCAUUAUCUGAUAGGAGAAGCUUUAUAAUCUCCCACAGCAAUGAAAUCAAGUAAUAUUGGUACAGAGAAAUCUAGACAUGCCAUUUACUGCUUAGCAGAGUUGAGAAAAUUAGUUUGAAAAGACAUUUUCAUCAGCUCUCUAAUCUUCUCUACACAGCAUCCUCUGCAUCAGCAAUGUCACCCUACUGGGGUCUUUGAACUGUGGUUUUCAAAAUACUCAUUGCUCAGUUUCUCCAAUUUUUCUGGGCUUUACUGACUGCGGCUCCCCCUCCCUUUUUAGAACUGAGGAUGGAGAAAGCCCACGUGUUCCAUUUCAGCAGCUAGUUACUUCCCCCAUUCUGUAUCCCAGGUUUGUCCUUUCCUUCUGCGCUGCCCUUUUCAGUGAAAGACAAUUGACUCCCUCCAGCCCAGAGGGCAGAAGUUACAACCUCCUCCUCAAUCCCCUGUUAAUGCCUGUAUAGAAUGGACAGCUGAGCUUGAUUAUAGACAUUCUCAGCACCUUCCUCUUCUGCUCAGAGAGUGAACAUGUCCCUUCCAAGGUGCACCUGGUCUUUGUCAGCUUUAGAAUCCAGUUGUCUCCUGCUGAUAGUGCAGCAGAGCACCUGACCAGCUGCACCGGUCUCUUUUCUCAAAUAUUUUCGGUUCGUAGGGGGUUUCACCUCUGGAAAGCAAUGGCAUUUGCACAGUAAUAACCCAUGUGAUUUGUGUGUGAUUAAAACACCAGUCACCUCAGGUUGGCUUUUUCCCUCCUGCAUUCCACCCUCUGGGAGUAAUCCUUAUAAAAAUAGCCCCAUUGACUUUAGUAGGACUACACCCGUGAGUAAAGGCUGCAGUACCAAGUUCCUAGUGUGUAAACCCCACUUGCCUUGUUAAGGUAUUUCAUCAGAUUUUAAAGCACUCACAGCAGACCUGGCAAAACUCUAAAUUACACUCAGGCCAAAUUUUACAAAAGCAGCCACUGAUUUGCAGUGCCCAACUUCAGCUGCCUUACACCAGAUCCUCCAGGAUACUUAGGUGCUUAUCGCCAUUAAUUUCAAUGGGAGCUAAGGGCCUAAACAUCUUUGAGAAUCUGGGCCCUUGGGCCUGAAUUUCAAAGGGCCUCAAUGUGUGCAGCCCUCAUCGACUUUAGCUGAGUGGUCAGCCUAUUCUGAAUGAUAGGCCCAUGUUGUCUGAAACUGGGCAUAAAUUUCCCAUAACUUAUUGCAAGGUAAUUCUGUAUUUCACUGCAAUGUUUCCCCAUUGUAAACGGUGAUAUUUUCUGCUCAAAGGUCCUCAUGAAUCUGUCAGCUAGUAUGCAGUUAAAAACCUUUAAACGAACUCAUAAAUACUCCAGCUUUUGAUAGGCUGCCAGAGAGAUUUAAAAGGCACUUAGAGGAAAACUAAUUCGCAAAGACUAGGUUUUUUUAAUUUUUUUUUUUUUUAAAGCUUCUGGGAAUCAACAAUUCAAACCAUGUUUAAGGUUCCUACCGAGAAGUGCAAUGUAUCAAGAGAGAGUUAUGAGAUUUGAGCUGCUGGUGGCACAAAGAACAUUCAUCAUGGUGCUCAGACCACUUAUUUUCCUAUUAAGAAAUCUGUGCAAGAAAAUUGUUGUGGGUUGAUGAUAGUUUAAUUGCUGCCAGUACUUCAGAAAUACCAGUAUUAAUAUAUCACCUUUUUUCAGAGCCUGUUCAAGCAAACCUUGCAUCCCCCAUGAAGCCAUCAGUUGGCCCCUUCUUUUUCCAACCCUUAAUCCCCAUUUACCCCACAUCAGAUGAGCAGGUAUGUAGUGUGGCCAGACCUGGUCUGUGUGUGUGUUUGUGGAGAGAGUUAGGAGGUUUCCUGUUAAACAGGAGCACAGAAGGCCUUGCAGUGCAAUAGUUAUGGCAGCAAUAAAGGGGCAGACAUCCUCAUUCCCCUUAGGGCCCAAGGUCCUGUUGUCCCUGCUCCACAGGGGAUAUGAGUGUGACACAGCUGCCAGCUAGGGAUCUAGAGUCCAAUCCAACACCCAUAGAAGUCAGUAUGUCUUGCCGAUGAGUCCAAUGGGUGUUCAGUCAGGACUAUAGUCCUUUAAG